CAGGCGUGAAUGAAGGAAAAGGGCAAAGCUAAACACAAUAUUUCAGGCCCAACACGCGGCGGACCGAACGCGCUUAGUACCGACACCAUUCACUGUAUUUUGUAGAUUUUUCUCCAUCUUUGAUUAUGUCUGCUUCUUGAGAGUUUGUUUCGUUUUCCCCCAAAAGAAAAACAAGACUAAAUUGCUUUCGUCGACUUCAGUUUUGCUUAUAAUUAGCUCACUCUUAAUUCAAGCGUUACUGCUUUUAUGAGCAAAUCUUUCCUCCCUACUUUAAUCAAAUACAAGCAUUCAGCUUGAGUGAGUACUCAGUACUACUGCAUAGUGACUGAAGGGCUUAGCACUGCGUGAAGGAAAAGGAGUGAUCUGUUGGGAGUUACAAAGCCGCCUAGACAACGGCGAUGUCGUCGUGGUCUCUGAAGUUGCCUUCAACAAAGCCACAGUCAAAUCUGGAACGCUUUCUUCAAUGCGUGAGUCCAGUUGUUCCUUCUAAAAUCCUUCCUCAGAGUUGUAUCCAUGAUCUAAACAGCUCAUGGCAGCCACCUCGUAGCAAGGACAUGGUUGAAUAUUUUACUUUGGGAGAUCUGUGGGAUUGCUAUGAUGAAUGGAGUGCAUAUGGAGCUGGCACCCAAGUAUGGUUGAACAAAGAUGAGAGCAUCAUGCAAUAUUAUGUCCCUUAUCUAUCUGCUAUUCAGAUCUACAGUAAUAAGUCAGCUGUGACUUCCAGAAAUCUGAAUCCAAGAGUAUACACUGAUGCAGUCGAAUUUGAAAGCGACUCUUGGAGUGAUGACAGUACAAGUGAUAAACUAUCAAGAUCACUAAGCAAUAACUCCAACAGGACUUGGGAUACCAUUUCUGAGGAUUUAGGCUUUGACCACGAGGGUUCUUUGCUGGCAAAGGAUAGGUUUGGUUAUCUUUACCUACAAUACUUCGAGAUAUCUUCUCCAUGCUGGAGGGUUCCACUCAUGGAAAAGAUAACUGAGUUAGCUAGAAAUCAUCCGGGACUGAUGACACUCAAGAAUGUGGAUCUUUCUCCAGCAAGUUGGAUGGCUGUUGCUUGGUACCCUAUUUAUCAUAUUCCUUCUCAAAGAAAUGAUAAGGACUUAUCAACAUGUUUCCUCACUUAUCAUACAUUAUCAUCAUCUUUCCAAGGUGCUUUGAAGUUUCUCAGCUGUUCUUGGCUUGAUUAUGCAGAUUGUGGGAAUGAGUAUGGUGACGCGGUAGAUCCUUUAGAAGCAACAAGAAUUAAGUCCAAUGGAGACGACAAUGGUGGAAUUUUCCUUCCUCCCUUUGGGAUGGCUAGUUACAAGAUGCAAGGUGAUAUUUGGAUAAAUCGAGAGACAUCUGACCUUGAAAGAAUAAUCUAUCUUCGUGAUGCUGCAGAUUCCUGGUUGAAGCAGCUAGAUGUCCACCAUCACGAUUACAACUUUUUUGCCCACCACUCUACCAUGUAAAAUGCGGUGUACUCUUUUAACUUGUUUUUCCGUAGUUUUUCCUUCUGGUAAUGUCGUGUUUGGCAGUUCUGAGCACAUUAAGAAACUAGGCGUUGAUGUGUAUCCCAGAGUCAAGUGUAAAUUGUGUAGCCCUGCAACUGGAAGGUGUAAACCCGUCAUUGCAAGUGGCUUGAUCCGGAAAGCUUUGUCAGUAUAGGUGUUUUUUUUUUUUUGUUUUUUUUCUUUUGCAAGGGACUAUAGUGAAGAAUGGGAGGGCAAAGAGAGUGUUUAUUUUCCUGUAGACCUCUAUUAACCUGUAAAUGGAACGUUUCAGUUGACUGAAA